CUUAAUUUAUUCAGAAGACAGGAGAACAAGAAGCCGGAAGUAUGAGAUUUUCAUGGACACUAGUAUUGAGCGGGAUAUUUUUGGCCUACAUUUUGCAUUCUAUGUGGACACUGUACACUUUGUACUACCCAAAGCGCUGUUCUAAAAAUGAGAUCUGCAUCAGACCUACAUGGAGCAGCGAAUCACGAUUUCAAUUCUUCUUCUGUGUAACCACUGCAAAGCAUGUUAGAAGGGCGAGUGAUUUACAUGUAGUGUGGUCUGAAGAUGAGUUUGAUAUUUCUAAACUUCAAGAAAGAGAUUUCAACCUGACACUCCCGAGGAGGACAUUACGGAAUGGAACAUUGGAUGCUUAUGUGCUGCUGUUGGAGCGUAAGAAAAGAGAGUCAGUGAAGACACUAGAACAAGUGCUGAGUACUUCAACUGUCAGCAUAAGCAGCAAUCCUCUUACUCGCUAUUUGGUUCCAACUGAAGAGGAGGUCCAGCUCAUCAAUUCCUUCAAGUCAGAGGCACCAGCACCGCCUUCUGCUGAUGGGGUAGAAAAAAGGCCAGUUACACAUUGGAAUCCCAGGGUUGAAGUGAACAUCCUGAGUGACCCAUUCCCCAUCAAAACAAACCAGAUUCCUGGUGAAAUAGCCCACUUGCUUCAACUGAACUCUCGACGAGAAUAUGUGCCUAUAGUCCACCUGACUGAUGUGACAACAAGGGAAAAAGAUUUUAUAAUAGUAAAAAAGGCUGAGCCAGAAGUUCCGUUGAAAGUCGUAGUUAGCCCAGUGUCCAUUGGUCGACGGCUCAUGAUUACUGUCAGUGAAGCUCUCAAGUCUAUGCAUGCCUUUGGCCUGACAACUAAGGACACAGAUGAAGUUAAAAGCAUAUUUUUUGACACCAACUUUUAUGUUCUACUCAUGACACUCCUGGUGUCUGGCUUUCAUCUACUGUUUGAUUUCUUGGCUUUCAAGAACGACGUCAAUUUUUGGCGUGGUCGUAAGACCUUUGAAGGUCUUUCUGUGAAGGCUGUGCUAUGGCGAGGUUUUAGUCAAGUUAUCGUAUUUUUCUACCUUCUUGAUGAAGACACCAGCCGCAUUGUGCUUGUCACGAGUGCUGUUGGAGCAGUCAUUGAGGUCUGGAAAGUAACCAAGGCUCUUAAGAUGACAGUGCACUGGUCGAGCUUUAGGCCUCACAUUGAGUUUGGUGCUAUCAAUGCUGAAGAAACAAAGACACAGGAGCUAGAUUCUCAGGGAAUGAGAUACCUGUCCUACUUGCUCUAUCCACUCUGCAUUUGGGGUGCAAUAUACUCUCUUGUGUACCAGUCAUAUAGAAGCUGGUACUCCUGGUGCAUUCAUAGUCUCGCCAAUGGAGUGUAUGCCUUUGGGUUUCUGUUCAUGCUGCCCCAGCUAUUUCUCAACUAUAAGCUGAAGUCUGUGGCUCAUCUUCCUUGGAAGGUGUUCAUGUAUAAGGCAUUUAAUACUUUCAUUGAUGACCUUUUUGCAUUCCUCAUUACAAUGCCGACAGCUCACAGGGUGGCUUGCUUCAGAGACGAUGCAGUAUUUCUAGUCUAUUUAUACCAGAGAUGGCUCUACCCUGUGGAUAAAAGCCGUGUGAAUGAAUUUGGGGAGAGCUAUGACAAAUCACCAGAGAAGCCAAAAAAUCAGUGAGCCAUCUUGCAUCCACUGUGCACAGACCACAAGCCUGCAAGAUAGUCCACCGACCUACACAAUGCCAUAUAUUGUGUUACCUGACAUCAAGGGGCUCUCCACAUUCCAUUUCUCUGAGGCUAGAGCACAUGUUUUCACUGCAGUGUGUUCAGUCUUUUUGUGGCUGCACCUUAAGAGUGGUUUUGCCUUUGAAAUUGUCAUGUGUGGUAGGUUUGUGGAAAGCAAUGUGACAGUGCAUACUGGCUUAAUAAUUUCAUUAUUACAUGUGGAAGAUUGCCCAUAAAGCUUUAUUAAAUUUUUUAGUAAAAAGUACCAAACUAGUUUCCUGCUUUGUUGCUUCAUUAGAAAAAUAAGUUUUUUUCUUUUUUAAAUUACAGUAUUUUGUAACCACAAAAGCAGAGACUAUGUCAUACAUUUGUAUACCAUGCAGUAGGUGCACCAUUGACAUAGCCGGGGGGGGGGCGUGUUCAACCUCUCUCUGAAAUUUUUUUACACUUAUUGCAUGUAUAUAUUGCAUACUCAUGCAUGUGCACACUCGCAUGGAAGUCUACAGGCAUCCCCUCUUCCAUCCUCCCCCUACCCUUCUUUGAAAUAAAAUUGCCCCCGAGGGGAAUUACAGUGUCUCCAAAUACCUCGGUGCUGCACUUCAGCAAAAAAAAAAAAAAGGAAGCAUGGACAUUCUAGUAUGCAUGAUUGGUGUGUCAUAUGCGGUUUUGUGUCCUAAAAUUAUUAAUUGAAAGACUUCAAUAUUUACCCUUGUUUGAAUGGAAACUGCCUGGGUGUUUGUCUUUCGAAAAAAAAAAGGGGGGGGGGGGGUUAAACUAGUUUUUUUGUGAUGUAGGAUUAACAAGAGCAAGCACCUAUGCAAUUUAGAUUAAACAUCUUCUGUCACUAUCAAUGUAUGGUGGUUGUCGGACUUCGUGGUUGCCUGCCAAAAUAGAGUGCAGGACAUUUGCAUUUACAUAAGCAUUUUGAAAUUUUUGUCUUUCAGCAUGUUAUUAUUUUCUUUUAAUGAAAUUUGAAUUUGGGAAGGUCUUUGGUGUGGUGUACUGAAAUGGAAUAAUAAAACGAAUUGUUGCUCA